AAAAUUUCCUCGCUGCAUCUGUGAGCGCUACUCGGUAUAAAGGUCACGAUCGCCUUCAUCUUUUUCUUCUCACCUGCCAACGACUCUUCCAGCAAUCCGACUCGCUGUCGUUUUGUGAUACUAUCCCCAAGAUGUGCUCCUCAGACGCUGCGAACCUCCCCAAAAGGGGCGAGGAGGACGGACGCUCCUUCUCCGAGGACCCCUCCUCUAGCGCCGACUCGGACGCCACGCAGCUCGGGGUUGUCAAGGCUGAAGCCGCGCGGCGCGUCGUCGGCUGGCAGCUGUACGUCGCCUGGCUCGGCAUCGCGCUCGUCAGCUACGUCUACGGCCUGGAUAACAACACAACAUACGCCUACCUCACCGCCGCCGCAACGUUUUUUUCGGAUUACAAUCUGUACCCCGCCAUGUCGGUCGUUCAGCAGGUGCUCAUCGGCGUCAUGAAGCUCCCCGUCGCCAAGCUCUCCGACGUAUUCGGCCGUGCGGAGGCGUACACGCUCAGCAUCGCUUUCUACGUUCUCGGCUUCAUCGUUAUCGCAUCGUCACAGAGCACGGCGGCUGUCUUUGGCGGUGUCGUCCUGCAAGCGAUUGGCAACACUGGUACGCAGAUCAUGCAGCAGAUCGUCAUCGCCGACUGGGUCCCCGCCGACUGGCGCGGUUUCGCCAUUGGCAUCGUCAGCUGGCCGUACAUUGUCAACUUUGCCAUCGCGCCGCUAAUAACCGGCCAGCUGGCCAGCUUCAGCGAGCCUACCUCGCAAAAGUGGCGAUGGGGCGCAGGCAUGUUUUGCAUCCUCCUCCCCAUCGUCAGCUCGCCAAUCAUCCUCACCCUCGCCCUGUCGCAGCGGACAGCCAAGCGGUCCGGCCUGCUGAGCCGCACGCGUGCGUCGCCGGGAGCAGUGACCCUGUUCAAGGAGGUCGAUGUUAUUGGCCUCUUCCUUAUCGUCACCGGCUGGCUACUCAUCCUGCUCCCGCUGCAGCUUUACUCGAGAGCACCCCAAGGCUGGAGCACGAGCUACAUCAUCGCCAUGCUCGUCAUCGGUGGCUGCUGCCUCAUCGCCACCGCUGUCUGGGAGGCCUUCUUCAGCCCACGACCCAUCAUCCGUCGAACGUACAUCUUCAACAAGAAUGUGCUUCUACCGACGUUGAUCGGUUUCUUCGACUUCCUCUCCUUCUAUGCAUCUUGGCUCAACGCAUACAGCUGGGCACAAAUUACAUUCGACUUUACUGUUAAAGAAGCCACUUACUUUUCCAAUGCCCAGUCGCUUUGCUUGACGGUCUUUGGCAUUGUCACCGGCAUUGUCGCCAUCGUCACCAAGCGGUACAAGUGGCAGAUGGUCACCGGCGCCUGCAUCCGCGUGCUCGGCAUCGGCCUCAUGAUCUGCUACCGCACACAAGGCAGCUCUACCGCGCAGGUCGUCGUCCCACAAAUCCUCCAGGGCCUUGGCGGCGGCAUCCUCGGCGUACAGCUGCAGGUUGCAGCGCAGGUCAACGUCCCGCACCAGGAUGUUGCCAUGGUCACAGCCUUCGUCCUGCUGCUCACCGAGAUUGGCGGCGCAGUCGGCAGUGCCGUCGUCGGUGCCGUGCAGAACCACGUCCUACCGACCAAAAUCGCGCUCUACCUCCCGCAGCUCUCUAUCGCGGACAAAACGAGCAUCGUUGCUGCGCCGCUCGCCGCCAUCCUCAAUUAUCCGCUUGGCUCUCCCGUGCGCGACGGCAUCAUCCACGCUUGGAGCGACUUUAUGCACGUCUGCCUCAUCAUCGCCAUCGUCACCGGCGCGGUGCCGAUCAUCCUCACCGUGAUGCUCAGCGAUAACAAGCUAACCAGGGACCAGAACGUCAUCGGCGAUAAAGCCCGUUUCGGACACGACAGCGAGGGUACGCACGUCGAUGAAUCCAACGCCGACAGUAAGGUGUAGCACAUCCUGGGCUUGUGGAGAGUGUAUGUACAUGGAAGUUUUGAAAUUUAGCAAGCUUUUGAAUGCGCUGGUGUUCAUCGCACAUGCUCAAGGAAUUCGUUGCGAUGACUCCCAGAUACACGUAUCACCCCUCGCCCCUGCUCGUGUGCCUAUAGGUCAGCGUGGAUCCGCAGCUACCGCUUUUUGAUGGCAUUGACCUGCG